AAAUACAUAGUAACAUAUCAUUCGAACUAUAAAGACUGGAAAAUAAUAAACUGUUUAGUAUGUUCAUACUUCAAUAUUAUUUACUGUGCGUUCUAAUCGUUGAAAGUUCCACUAAGGAAUCACCUUUGAGAAUAAUUGGCGGGAGUGACGCGCAAGAAGGACAAUAUCCUUUUGUAAUACGCUUGGAAAGUCAAAUCAAGAGAUCUGGUAACAGUACAUAUCAUAAACACUUAUGUUCGGGGACCGCUUUAUCAUCAACAUGGGUAUUAACAGCAGGGCACUGCGCGAGCGUCGUAUUAAAGUAUAGGCUAAAAAUGGUUGUAAGAUACGGACGUGUUGAACAUCCUCCAGAUUAUGAAGACACGUUUAGCAAAGUUUUAUUAACUAUAAUACAUCCUUUGUACUCAUACAAGUUCGAAGAGCUUCACAUCACGCCAAAUAAAAAUGAUAUGGCUCUGUUGAAAACCACACCAAUGAAGGUUAAAAGGUUUUGUAAACUCAGUUCAGUGGAUUUUUUCUCUUUAUACGGUUACGAAGCUGUACUCGCUGGUUAUGGGAUAACAACAACUAAAUUACCUGAUGGCACAAUUUUAACUAAUUCCUCACUCAAUCUACUUAAGCCACUUCAAAUUUUAAAAGUAUUAAUGUAUAAAUGCGGCCAAAAUUUCCUGAGACCAGGAUUUUGCUUAGCACCGAAAUGUGGGAGAAAAAUGACGUCCUGCCCGGGUGAUUCUGGAUCUCCAUUGAUCCAUCCUUCAGGUGUAGUCGGCGUGUUAUCGUUGGCAGAACUAACGACUGAUUGCUUAUAUCCGACAAUAAAUAGUCGGGUCUCUCUCGUCGGUGUAGUUUUACCAAUAAGUCCUUACAUUGAAUGGAUUCUAAGUCAUGUAACUGCAUGAAAGAAGUAUUUAACGAGUUAAUGAAAAAAUCAACUAUCUGUUGGCAACUGAGCAAUAUAGUAAAAAUGA